CCGCAGCCAUGGCCGUCGCCUGCUGAAAACCAAGUGCGCAGGAGAACGACGCGUCAGAAGGGGGCUCUUCACGGAGCAGUAAACAACAACUACCGAAGUGAAACAGCAGCUCUUAUCCUUCACCAGCCAACAUGACAGCAACUGUUAUAUAUCCUUUCCUGGAAUACGGAGAAGUCGCUAGCAAGGACAAUAAGAUGUUCAAAUACAGCAACAACAAUAGUCUUGGUGGAAAUCCGCUGACGCCUGCCACAUGCUCCAGUGCCAACCACUCGUGCAACCCCAUUGAGCUUCUGCUGGACAGGAAGGUGGUGGAGGCCCCCUCUCCAGUAGGCCUUUUCCAGCGCCGUCACUCAGUCAGCCUCCCCAGUACGAAGUUCAUUCAGAAUCAGUUUGUCAACAGCCAUAAAAUGGAUCCCUCAGUGUUGCUCGGUAACAGCUGCAGUGUCAACAACAAGGAGAACCAUUUUCGUGAGCGCUCUUACUCAGAGUUAGGGGACAGGCUGCGGCCAGGUAAUCAAGUGUGUGUGGGGGUAAUUAGCCAAGUCAACCCUAGCCGUUAUAAAACAGAGUUGUGCCGACCCUUUGAGGAGAACGGCUCCUGCAAGUACGGAGAUAAGUGCCAAUUUGCCCAUGGCUUGCAUGAGCUGCGCAGCCUCAGCCGUCACCCAAAGUAUAAGACUGAUCUGUGCCGCACCUUCCACACAAUUGGUUUCUGCCCAUACGGCCCUCGCUGCCAUUUUAUUCACAAUGCAGAGGAGCGCCGUGGGCCCCCUCCCCUCUCUGUCUUCAACAAGAUGGUGCGCCCUCGGCUGCAACACAGCUUCAGCUUCGCUGGCUUCCCCAGCUCAGGCGGCCUGGAUGAUAACCCCACCUCAGGCACUCCUACACCAGUGUUCUCCACUGAAGACCUGACGGCGUUGCAGAGCAAGCCUUUCACCUACUCAAGCCAGGAGCUUACCAGCCUCUUUGGCCAUAGCUUGGAGCACCCACUUCCAUGCAAGCAUCAAGGUCUGGUCCCCUCUUCCCCAACCACUCCUUGCUGUUUUCAACCCACAUCAGAGAGCCCCUCCAUUCCCCCAGAUUCUCUGUCUGACCAAGAGGGGUACCAGAGCAGCAUGGGCAGCCAGAGUGGCUCUGAGUCCCCCCUCCUGGAUGCCUCUCGUCGUCUCCCCAUCUUCAGCAGGCUUUCAAUCUCUGAUGAUUAAGGUGGACCCCGGCAUUGUUUGACCUGAGGGAGAGCAGGAGGGAAGGAGACGAUUGAGACCAUCAACUUCAAUAACUCUGAACGUACAGGCCCUGCAUUGGAGGCCAUGAUUAAGUAAAUGUGAAUGAUUUUGAGAAGAAGCUCAGAGGUCACACUAUAAAGUAGGUUAAUGACUUGUUGGUGCAGUCAGAGUGGCAGUUGGGGCAGUUUGUGUGUUCAUUGUCCAGUGGAGGGUUAUUACCUGUGCUGCAAUCUUUACACCUCCAGGCUAAUCAUAGCUCAGUGUUCAACUUUUAAAUGAUAGUUACCAAAAAGUGAACAGGAGAAUGUUUCUUAAUUAGACUUCUCUUCUAGUUGUGUCCAGCUUCCUGUUCCUUGCCAUGUAAUUGUUUAUUUUGUGAGGCCGACUUGGAUUAUGUGUUUCACUGAGCUGGUGGUCAGUAAUUUUUUCUAGGGGUUGUGAGUGCACAAAUAUUUUGAACAGGAUUCAAUAGAAAUUCUGAAGUCAAAGCUUGAAUUAAAGGGGAGUUUCACUCAAAUUAAAAGAAAUAUUCUUUCACUUCCCUUUAUUAACUUGUAUAGUCAAGCUUUUCCUCUUCCAGUCUCUUAAGAUUUCAGCCUACAUACAAAAACAUUGACUGUCAGUGGAAUUUAGUUUAUAUUUAAUGAGUUCAAAUAGAUUUGCUUUAGAUCAACAUCAGCAUAUCUGAACUAGUAUCUCUGGAUCACCCACAGAAAACACUGGGGGCUGUUUUCUCAGUCUUUCUGUAAAAGUAUUUCUAUUGACUGCUGUUGUCACUGAAGUCUGUCUGGAAAAAUACAAGACUUUGGCUAGGGAGAAGGUAAGAAAGAUAAUGUCUUUUCUUUGGUAGUUAGGGUGACCUAUUAGCCAUUGCCAGGUUCCUGCUAUUAAUUUGUACUUCAGAGUCUUUAGAGUUCAAACUCUGCUACAAAGUUAAUAUCAUUAAACCCUAAAUAGUUCAGCUGCUUAUCCUUUUCAAUCCCAGACCUUUCCAAACCCCCUCAGAUCAAUUCUGUGUCUGAGGUGAUAUGUUAGACAGCUGUCUGAAAUCAGGUGAACCUGAACUCUUCUGUUGAUUCCACCAUAUUCAAUUAUUAUGAUUAUUAAUAUUAUGGUCAUGUUUGUUUCUCAGAGUCUUUAGUGUUGGGGCUCUGGUCAUCACUGCUUAUUUAUCAAAAUGUAUUUAUUGCUGAUCUUAAGCAUUUUUUUUAUUAUGUAUUUAUCUGGUUAAUUAAACUAUAGAAUAUAUAUUUUCUUCUGUUAAAUUAUGAUCUUCCGUAUUAAUCACAGGAUGACUGUUUAUUUUUAUUCAGAGUUAAUAUAUCAUUCUGCAAUGACGUUUUUUGUAACACUUGAUUUAUUUUGAACGUGAGUUUUAAUUUAUAACACAAAGGUUUAGCAUUUGUAUUUAUUUUGAGUUCCUUCCACAUGCACCAUCAGUUCGAAGUUCUUUUUGGCAAUCUGAAAGCACGGAUGCAUUGGAAGUGGCAAAGUUAAUGCCCCGCUGCAAGCUGUAUGCCUAACUACAAACUUUAUCUAUUCAUUAUAGGGGUAGAAAUAUUUUGCUGCCAUUAUCAAUUUCAAGUGAAGAGAGAAGCCAACAUGGUAAUUGCUAACUAAUUGAAUAACAAGGAUAGAGUCAUAGUUUCUGAUGGUCUGGACUAAGUAUGAAUGCACUUAGGGUGCGGAUGGUGUUGGUUUGACAGGGUUUUUCCAGCCAACAUUCACAAUAUGUGCCUCUAUCACAGCUGCCAGAUACCGUGUGUGUAAAAGAUGGAGCGAUCUUACUUUCUGACACGCUGUUAAUAGGUUGUGUGAGAGUUAAUACCUUAGGUGUAGUGUUAGGGGCUGGAGAAUGCAUUCUCAAUGAGCGUCUGAACAGCUAAUGUGAGUGUGAGUGAGUGUGUGUGUGUGUGUGUUGUUCUACUGGCUCUGUGUCUGAUACCUGCACUCUGGAUUAGGAUUUGUGUUCAGUGAGGUAACUUCAGGUUUAACCCUUGGUAAAUCGUCAUGGUAAUUUAUGCUGCCCAGCUACUUUGAGAUAACGGGUCAGCAUUUAUAUAAGCGUAGCAUGACCAAUCAGUUCUCUUGGAAAAUUUAGUCACUACAAAUAGUGUUUUCAAGAAACUUUUUAUUUAUUUGACACGUAGGACUGCAGGUGAAAGUAUAAGACUUAAAACCGUAAAACGCAUCCUGUGAAUAGAUUUAAGCAAACACAUUAACUUAAUGGAAUACAAAAAUGUACUUAGACAGAUCUGCUGAGGCUGUAGUGAUGAACAAUAUUAACCUACACAGUCACACAGUCUUGUUUGUCUUCUUGCUACUGCUGUUUUCCCCCUUCAAUAUCUUAACACACAGGGUGUAUUUUUGUCAGAUUACCUAAUGGCUCUGAGGUAUUAAAUUCACUGACAGUAUAUAAAUUUAUAUACUGAUAUAUAAAUGAUUUUAAGGGCUAUCAGCCUCAUUUGGAAAUUGCACCAAGAAGUAUGGGGAUAUAUGUUGUGAACAAUAUAAUAAGUGGUUUUAACUCCCUCCUAUGAUAAGUAUACCACAGGAAAACGAUUUUCUAAGAGAAUCGGCACAACCAAUUUUGAACAUUAGGAUAUUCAGAAAUGAAGGUAUUUGUAUUGAUCUACGGAAGUUGAUUGAAUUCACAGUGAGUCAUACACUUGGAAUAUUGGAACAGAACUAGUGUGUACAUAUCCCUUUACCAUCUUCUCUCUGCACUCAGCAAAAUUCUUAAUGUCAAGAUGGGAGUGUUGACCACCGUUUACAAUUAAUCCAGGCCUCUUAUCUCUCACCCUGCAGCAGUUGUGGGUACAACUAGCAUAUCUAUCCUUUAGAUUGGUUCUGGAAUAGUCUCGUCGUCAUACUAUGGUGAAUUCUCAUUUGAUUAUCAGCCACUUAUACUGACAAAACAUUUUUUGGUUGUUUUGAAAGGCUGAGAUAGCACAUCUGUUCCACAGUAUCACACAUAGUUCAUGAUGAUCAGGAUUAUGUAAAGCUUAUUUUUGACCACUUUUUCAGUGAAGUGCCUAUAAACACAUUCCAGGUUCGCCAAAUCUUGUGCCUUCAUAUUUUUCUCUGACACGUGAAAUGCAACUGUUGAAUGUAUUCUACAGCAGAUUUUGCUGUCACCACAGUAAUUUCUCAGUUUAUGGUUUAUUUUGUAAUGAGAGAUUGCAGUUACAACCAAUAAAGUCUUCAUACUGAAUAUGUGAGUUGAUCUUUGAAGCUGUUGAACUUGUACAUUUUACCAUUAUUCCCACACUAUACAUUAUCUCUGCUUAUGCAUACUAUUUCUGCUUGUGUAACUGUCAAGAUGACAUCAGGGCCACACAUCUGAGACUGCUGGUCUCCCCCCAUCAAGACCUCAAAGAAGCCUUCAGCGUGUCUUAUCCCCUGGGAUUUUCCUAUUCAUUCAGUUCAGACACAUAGCUCGCAUACACACACAAAGUUCACACACUCAGCUAUAGACUCGAAACACAUCUCCUCACUGCAACUGUUUCUUAAUGCACUUCACAUGCUGUAUGAUUGUCUGACCUUCCAUGCAAGGAAUAAAGUUUACUUAAAAGAC